AUGGAUCCGUGUCCCUGGAUGACCUUCAGUCAAGAGACUUUGUUAUCCAUGAAUGUGUCCACGUUAUUUCUGAACCUGACCCACGAGGUUGCUGAGCAGUGCGUGAAGGAUUACUUCCGGCAGUUCCAACAGCCGAGACUGGAAGAUGUCGUUAGCUCAAACUUCUUGGUGCUAAAUAAAAUGAAGACUUUUUUCUUGCCCAUCACGUGCGCACUUGGGUUCGUGGGCAACGUGACUUCCACGGCCAUCUUCUUGACCAAGUCAAUGAGGAGAAAGUCAUGUAUUGCCUACCUGACCACCAAAUGCCUAACUGAUACAUUCUUCUUGAUGGCUCUGUUUAUACUUUGGCUGGAAAGAAUGGAAGUACCUUGGUUCCAUGCCCCUUUCGUCUGCCAGACCGGCGUGUUCUUGACCUACUUUUGCAGCUUUUUGUCCGUCUGGCUGGUUGUCAUGGUAACGCUAGAGAACUACAUCCGGAUCUGUCACCCUAAGAUGGUACCGACGUUUUGCACCCUCAAGAGGGCGCGCGGGGUACUUUUAACCAUCGUGGUGAUCGGUGUGGUAUGCUACAACUUCCCGCUCUGGACAACCUAUAGUCAAGAGAUACCACGUGGUUACCUGUGCCUCACUAUGACAGAAUAUGCAGAGUACAUUAAGAUUCUGACCUACGUUGACACGGCCUUGACAUUGGUUUUACCUCUCUUGCUUAAUAUCACGUGGAUGGUUGGAAUUUUCCGAGCUCUUCUUCUUGCGAGGAGCAGAAAUCGACGUUUGAGACAGUCAAGCUCUCGAGGUCAAGCCGGUCGAAGCGGCGUUUCCACACCUUACAAUCAUGUGACGGCGAUGCUCCUGGCUGUGACCCUCACCUUCAUCGUGCUGCACACGCCAAGCCACACCAUCAGACUCCGCCUCCUCAUCGAGAACUUCCUGAGCGAAGACAUGCACAUGUAUCUGUCCACGGUGCGGCUCCAGGGCUACUUCGAGCUCCUCUACUACACCAACUUCUCCACCAACUUCCUCAUCUACGUGGCUUCCGGGAAGUGCUUCAGGAAGCUCUGGAAGAAGCACGCCAGCUCGUGCAUCUGUCGGGAAACGUCCUGCCUCAGACCAGCACAGAAAAGCCUGCACCGCUCGCAGGAGACUAAUGUUAAUAGUUUGCCUUUGUUGGAUAAGCCUCAAACUUCAUUAAGCCGCCAUCUUCUUCAGAGUUCUGAUGAUGUUGAACAAAAAAGCGAGGUUUGAUUUACAAGUUGCUGUACAAACAAGAUGUAAAUGUUAUUUGCAUUAUAUCCAGCACUAUAUAUCCAUUGUAUCAGCAUUCGCCGUUCUUUUGGAUACGUCCGAUUCUUGAAGAAGGAGGAACUACUGUGUGGGCGACAUUGCUAAUGCCUAAGAAAUUCAACUCAUUUCUAUGAGAUGAUAAAUAGUUGCUUCACGACUGAAAGAGGCCAUAGCCAUAUCCAUUUUAAUUAAAAUGGAUUGGAUAUAUAAAUGACAUUUACACUUCAAAUUGUAGAAAAGAUAAUAAACAGACAAGAUGGCCGAACAUCCCUCAAAGAAAUGUCCUGACUUGUCAAUGGACAUUAGUUCCGAUGGCUUUUGACCGAGCCGGAUCCUGAGGUUUGAUCGCACUCAUUGUUAGAAUACCCUCACCACUAAAGUUUCAGUGAGU